AGAAUUAUAACUAUUGAUCCACAAAAGCUUUCAAAAUGGAAUAUUUCCUAAGUUGUAUGCUUCUAAUAUUUCUACCAAUAUUAACUCUCUAUUUUCUUCUUUCAAAAUUCACAUUCACAAAAAAAUCAAAAAUAAAGCUUCCACCAGGACCUAGACCUCUUCCCUUCAUAGGAAACCUCCUUGAAUUAGGACAAAAGCCACACCAAUCUUUGUCCAAUCUAGCUGAAAGUUAUGGUCCAAUAAUGAGUCUUAAAUUUGGCCAAGUAACAACCAUAGUUGUUUCAUCACCCAACAUGGCCAAAGAAAUACUCCAAACACAUGAUCAAUUUUUAUCAAACAAAGCUGUUCCACAUGUUACUGAAGUUCAUGAUCACCACAAACAUAGCAUGGCAUUCUUACCAAUUUCACCUCUUUGGAGAGAACUAAGAAAAAUAUCCAACAAUCAAUUAUUCUCUAACAAGACUCUUGAUGAAAGUGGAAAACUUAGGCAACAAAAAUUACAAGAAAUUCUCAAUGAUAUUCAUCAAAGUAGCCUUGUUAAUGAAGCUGUUGAUAUUGGAAAAUUGGCUUUUAAAACAUCAAUUAAUUUUUUGUCAAACACUAUUUUCUCUUUGGAUUUGGUUCAUUCAGAUGAUGCAGUUGGAGAUUUUAAAGAGAUUGUUAUGAAUAUAAUGAAAGAAAGUGGAAAACCAAAUGUGGUUGACUUUUUUCCUAUAUUGAAGAAGUUUAACCUUGACAUACAAGGUAUUCAUCAUCGUAAUAGUAUUUAUGCUGGGAAGAUUAUGGAUAUCUUUAAAGAUUUGGUUGAUCAACGGUUGAAGAUGAGGAAAGUAGAAGGUUCUGACUCAAACACUGACAUGCUAAAUACCUUGCUCAACAUUUCUCAAAAUAACAAUCAAGAGAUGAGCAGAACCCAGAUCCUACAUUUAUGUCUGACUCUAUUUGUUGGUGGAACGGAUACAAUUGCAUCUACACUAGAAUGGGCAAUGGCAGAAUUACUUAAAAAUGAAAAAGUUAUGUCAAAAGCAAAACAAGAACUUGAACAGAUAAUUGGAAAAGGCAAAGCAUUAGAGGAAUCAGAUAUUGCUAGGCUUCCUUAUUUACAAGCAGUAAUUAAAGAGACUUUUCGUUUGCACCCUGCUGUUCCUUUUUUAAUCCCUCGAAAAGCCAAUGCUAAUGUUGAAAUUUGUGGUUACACAAUCCCAAAAGAUGCACAAGUUUUUGUCAAUGUGUGGGCUAUGGGUAGAAAUUCAAGUAUUUGGGAAAAUGCAAAUUUGUUUUCACCAGAGAGAUUUUUAACAUCAGAAAUUGAUUAUAAAGGUCAUCAUUUCGAACUUAUACCCUUUGGUGCUGGAAGAAGAAUUUGUCCUGGCUUGCCACUAGCCGUGAGGACAUUGUAUUUGAUGUUGGGUUCAUUAAUCAACUGCUUUAACUGGAAACUUGAAGAUGGAUUUAAAAUAGAUGAUAUGAAUAUGGAUGAACACUUUGGGAUGACAUUAGCUAAGGCCCAGUCAGUAAGAGUUAUUCCAGAAAAAAUAUGUAGUUAGUACAAGUUUGUUUAAAUUUGUAUCUCAUGAAAUAAGUUUAUAAUAAUGUGAUUAAUCUAUGUAUCAUAUACAUAAAUGUUUCAUGUUCAUCUUAAUUAAAUAAAGUCUCCGAAUUAAUUUAUGAAUA